AUGUUGUCCUUUGCCCACCUCCAAUUUGGCACCCUCCUCCAAGCCACAUUCCUCCUUGGCAUGAACACGGCCCUAUCCACUAUCUCAAUACCCUCCAUCCUCGAAUCUCCCUCUCCCAUCCUCGCAAUCCGGCAAUGGCACUACCAGUUCCGCGCUGCGCAAGUCCCCGCUACUUCGCUCUCAGCCUCGAACCUCAUCCUCUCUGCCAUCAUGACAUAUGACUCCUCCACGAAGCAGGGGGUUACGGGGAAGACCACCAUUAUCUACGGCGUUAGCAGCGUAUUGGCGUUCCUGAUCUUCCCAUUCACACUUCAUUACAUGAACCCGGUGAAUGACGUGUUGAUCGAGAAGUUCAGGGCGCAGAAGGAUCUACAUUAUGCGGACCUACCAGAGAAGGGCAGGGGUAUGCAGACUGCGAGGGAUCACGAUAAGAUCGCCUACUGGGGCUACCUGAACCGUGUGAGGAUUGUGCUUUAUGCUGGGUUCGUGGCUUGCAAUGCUGCUGCUAUUCUGGUCUAG